GCCAUGGACCUCGUUGGCUUGCUGAAGUCUCAGUUCCUCUGCCACCUGGUCUUCUGCUACGUGUUCAUCGCCUCGGGGCUCAUCGUCAACGCGCUGCAGCUCUGCACGCUGGUCCUGUGGCCGGUCAACAAGCAGCUCUUCCGGAAGAUCAACUGCAGGCUGUCCUACUGCAUCUCCAGCCAGUUGGUGAUGCUGCUGGAGUGGUGGUCAGGGACGGAGUGCACCCUCUACACGGACCCCCGGGACUACCCCAAGUACGGGAAGGAGAGUGCCAUCGUGGUUCUCAACCACAAGUUUGAGAUCGACUUCCUGUGUGGUUGGACCUUGGCUGAACGGUUUGGGGUCUUAGCGGCCUCCAAAGUCCUGGCCAAGAAGGAGCUGGCGUAUGUCCCUAUCAUCGGCUGGAUGUGGUACUUCCUGGAGAUGGUCUUCUGUAAGCGCAAGUGGGAGGAGGACCGUAAGACGGUCCUGAAGAGCCUGCUCAGCCUCCGGGACUACCCCGAAAAGUUUUUCUUCCUGAUCCACUGUGAGGGCACUCGAUUCACGGAGAAGAAGCACCAGAUCAGCAUGCAGGUGGCCAAGGCCAAGGGGCUGCCAGGCCUCAAGUACCACCUGCUGCCGCGCACCAAGGGCUUCGCCGUGACCGUGCGGAGUUUGAGAAAUGUAGUUUCAGCUGUAUAUGACUGUACACUCAAUUUCAGAAAUAACGAAAACCCAACCCUGCUGGGAGUCCUAAACGGAAAGAAAUACCAUUCGGAUUUGUACGUGAGGCGGAUUCCCUUGGAAGAAGUCCCGGAGGAUGAGGACAAGUGCGCCACCUGGCUCCACAAACUCUACCAGGAGAAGGACGCCUUCCAGGAGGAGUACCAGCGGAGGGGCGUCUUCCCCGAGACCCCCAUGGUGCCGCCGCGGCGGCCCUGGACGCUGCUCAACUGGCUUUUCUGGGCCUCGCUGCUUCUGUACCCCUUCUUCCGGUUCCUGGUCAGCAUGGUGAGCAGCGGGUCCUCCCUGACGCUGGCCAGCUUCGUCCUCGUCUUCUUCGUAGCAUCCGUGGGCGUGCGAUGGAUGAUUGGCGUGACUGAGAUUGACAAGGGCUCUGCCUACGGUAAUGCUGACAACAAGCAAAAACCAUGA